AUAAAUUAGCUUUGGACAAGCAUAUAUUUCCCUAUAGUUGCUUCAGAAUAUUCAAUCUGUUAUAACGUGCAAUUAUUUAUUUGGAACAUUUAGAAAAGCGUUGACAUACAUUGUAUAACACAUUUAAAAGUGGCGGUCUAUAAUGUAGGAGUACUUGCAGUAUUUUUGGCUGCUAUGACUACUGCACAGAAAUUAAAUCAGCUUAGUCAAAAAGUGAAUUUACUUGAAGCAAAAGUUGAUUACGAAAUGUUGAACCUGAAGCAAGAUCUUGAGACCUUUGUGGCAAACGUGAUUGACAUGAUAACAAGCGACAUUUGUGGCAUAUGUGUUAAUAACACUAAUACAGUUUUAACCAAAUCUGAUGCACACAAUAACCAAGAGGGACUCACAAGACAGGAAAAAGGUGACACAAGCAAAAUGCAAGGUUUCAAAUUACAAAUUCGGCAGGCCUUUGCUAAAGAGAAACUUUUCCUGGGUGAGUUUAAUACUGAUAUCACGGAGAAGACAAAACGAAUGGAAACUAAAAUUGACGACUUCAACAAACUACUCAGAGAAAGCGAUUCGAAACAAGAGCAUAUGUUUGAACGCGCUGCACAAUUGUCUGAAGGAGUUGAUGCACUAAAUGCUUCAUUAAAUGAGUCAAACGAAAAUACCGCACAUCUUGAGACAGAAAUGGCGAAAAUGAAAAAAGAAAAUGUUGAAGUGGGAGGCAUGUUAAAAGAGUUCGAAAACAAUCUCACUAGAAUGAACCAAAAUUACGAAAGUAUGGAGUCAGAUGUAAAUAAUCUUAAAAGAGAAUUUAACGAAACUUUGGUUGAUAUGGCGAAAUCAAUUGACAGGGUCAAGAAAAUGUUUUCUAAAGGACGCACUGCUUGUUUCGACUUAAAAGGUAAAAUACUGAAUACAAAUUGUUACGUAGAGCUUAAUGAAAAAUAUAAUUUUGUAAAAGCUGUCCAGAAGUGUUCAGAACUGAUUUCGGGGGAUCACUCAAAGUUGCUUGAGAUCGAAUCUAAAGAAGAGAACGACUUUAUUGCUAAAAACUUCAAGAACAAGGGGAAAUGGUUGGGUGGAUCUGACAAAAAAUCUGAAGGAACCUGGUACUGGAUUUCGGAUCAGCGUGUUUGGACGGAGAGUGAUUUCAAAGCUUGGCAUGCGGGUGAACCAAAUGACGAUAAUGACGGGGAAGACUGUUUACACUUAAAGGCUUCCGGGACAUGGAACGAUAUACCAUGUAACUCGGAGCUGACGGUUGUUUGUGAAUUUAAAUUAGAUUGGAACUGAUUGAAUUGGAACUUAAUGAUACAAUAGCAGUGAUUAGGUAUUGACGUGCUGUGUUAGAACAUGGCAUUUGUAGGUUAUCAUUGUUAGCAUAAACAUGUUUUAUGUUAUUGUUAGUGAGUGUAUAUAAUAAGACGGAACGAUGAACACUGUCGCAAUGAGAAGAUAGUUGGUACAGAAGCAGUGAUUAAGUAUUGACGUGCUGUGUUAGAGCAUGGCAUUUGUAGGUUAUCAUUGUUAGCAUAAACAUGUUUAAUGUUAUUGUUAGUGAGUGUAUAUAAUAAGACGGAACGAUGAACACUGUCGCAUUGAGAAGAGGGUUGAUACAGUAGCAGUGAUUAAGUAUUGACGUUCUGUGUUAGAGCAUGGCAUUUGUAGGUUAUCAUUGUUAGCAUAAACAUGUUUAAUGUUAUUGUUAGUGAGUGUAUAUAAUAAGACGGAACGAUGAACACUGUCGCAAUGAGAAGAUAGUUGGUACAGAAGCAGUGAUUAAGUAUUGACGUGCUGUGUUAGAGCACGGCAUUUGUAAGUUAUCAUUGUCAGCAUAAACAUACUUAAUGUUAUUGUUAGUGAGUGUAUAUAAUAUGACGGAACGAUGAACACUGUCACAUUGAGAAGAGGGUUGAUACAGUAGUAGUGAUUUCGUAUUGACUUGCUUUGUUCAAGUUAGUAUUGUCAGCAUAAACAUGUUAUUGUUCGGUAAGGUAUAUAAUGAUAAAUCAAUAUUGCUUUUCGCAUAUAUAAUUUUAUUCUUAAGUGUUUCAAUGGUGCAUUUACUUGGGCUGUUAACGCAUAAAAUAUUAUACGGAUUGUUUAAGCAGGCCAGCAGGAUAGCUACAACAAAGUUAAGGAUGACGUCUGUCCAUAUCGAGUGGAAAAGUGUUAUUCUUGAAUACUACAGGAACUUUACCCGGCUUAUUUAUCUUAGCCUGCAUUGAAUAUGCUGGCUUAUAGAUCUUAUUGGCAAUGCAUUUUGUUGUAUAUAUUUCACAUAAAUUAAGCUCUUGCAAAUGCUACAACUGUAAGAUAAAGUUACUAGGAAUAUAUGGUUAAUAGAACUAUCAGAUAAUGUAAGCUAUUUCUUGAAUUGUUGCCAGAAGACGAAUACACAGAGGUUGUCGAACGGAUUGCUAACAAGCAGCGACCAUUGAAGCAAACAGUGAGCACUUUGCUAGCAGACAAACUGCAUGAAACUAGAUUUUUUUAAUUGAAUAUAUCGCCAUUUCAAAAUUUAGAUAGAAGGUUUUUGAAGAUUAAUAUUAGAUUUAAUCUGACUGAAUUAGAACUUAUGAUACAAUCUCGGAUGUAUAAAAGAAUUAGUAUUGCCUUGCUUUUGUAAGCGUAUGCCAUUGUUUUGUAAUUAUUGUCAUCAUAAACCUGUUUAAUAUGUAAAUUAUUAUGACAAAUGGAGUUGGAUUGUAUUUUGAUUUUGACCUUUACAAAUCAUAUUGUAUUUAUUUUUUGUAUUGUUGUAUGAAGUUGCUUUAAUCCUUCUCCGCGUGUAUAACGCUAAUAAAGCAUAAAACAUC